AUGGUGACUCUGGAUUCCUCGGCGGCUAACGACCGCCGUUGUCGCCGCCGCCGUAAUCCUUCCACCACCAACCAAGACGACGACGACGACCUCGAGUUUCCUCAUUACGCUACAGCAACGGUGGAUGAAGAACCUAACCACCACCACCGUAUGAUAGAUUCUCCGUCCCCGAUGAGACACCAAUCGGCGUUUUCGGCGGCGGAUAACGGCGGUUGCGGCGAGAUCGUGGAGGUGCAAGGAGGUCACAUUGUUCGGUCAACCGGAAGAAAAGACAGACACAGCAAAGUCUGCACGGCCAAAGGACCACGUGACCGGCGCGUGAGGCUCUCAGCUCCGACGGCGAUUCAAUUCUACGACGUUCAAGACAGACUCGGCUUCGAUCGACCAAGCAAAGCCGUCGAUUGGCUUAUCAAAAAAGCUAAAUCCGCCAUUGACGACCUCGCCGAGCUUCCUCCUUGGAAUCCCGUCGAUACCCUCCGUCUCGCGGCGGCAAACGCCAAACCCAGAAGAUCCAAAACCUUAAUUUCUCCGCCUGCUUCGAGAAUUCGCGGCGCUUCCGUGUCCGGAGAAACAGAGCAUCAUCACCAGUCGAGUUUUCUUCCGGCGUCAAUGGACUCUGAUUCGAUAGCUGACACUAUAAAGUCGUUUUUCCCGGUCGUUUCAAAGGAAGCUCCUCCGCCGCCGCAGAUUAUACAACAGAGCUAUCAUCAUCAGCCACCGGCGUCGGAUUUUCACUCACGAGCCAAUUCACAAAACCAAGAUCUUCGUCUCUCGCUUCAAUCUCUACAAAAUGGUCCGCCUUUUGCCAAUCAAACAGAGCCUAUUCUCUUCUCCGGCCAGAGCAAUCCGUUAGGGUAUGAAUCGUCGCCGGCGAGCUGGGAUCAGCAACAGAAUCACCACCACCAGUCACCGGAAUUCGGAAAGAUACAGAGAAUGGUGUCGUGGAACAACAACGGAACAGCUGAUUCCACCGGAGCCGGAGGAGGAGGAGGAUUUGUGUUUGCUUCUCCGGCGACAACAACGACGUCGUAUCAGCCAGUUUAUGGCCAAAGUCAGGUUUUUUCUCAGAGGGGUCCCCUUCAGUCCAUUAACACACCUAUGAUUCGUGCUUGGUUUGAUCCUCACCAUCACCAUCAUCACCAGUCCAUUGCCACUGACGAUCUUCAUCAUCAUCAUACUUACCAAUCAGCGAUUCCAGGCAUUGCGUUUGCUCCAAGUGGUGAAUUCUCUGGUUUUCGUAUACCAGCACGGUUUCAUGGCGAACAAGAUGAUCACGGCGGCGACAAACCGUCGUCUGCUUCAUCUGAUUCUCGCCAUUAA